CUGCGUGCGGGGCCGGCCCGGGCCGGGUACUGUACAGCGGUGCGCCGGCAUGGGCGAGAGCACCAGCCCCAUCAGCGUUAUCCUGGUGAGCUCGGGCAGCCGCGGAAACAAGCUGCUCUUCCGCUUCCCCUUCCAGCGCGGCGCCGAGCACCCCGCCGCACAGGCCAAUAAACCAAGGAGUCGAUAUGCUGUGAAUGGCUCUGGUGACACCACAGAAGAUCCUGAUGGGGACUCCAGAGACCAAUGUCCUCUAACUGAUGAGCAAUUGGUUUCGGGGUUUUCGGAUGUUAUCCUGGCAACAAUUUUGGCUACCAAGAUAGAUAUGUGUGGCAAAAAGUUUGAACUGAAGAUUGAUAAUGUUCGCUUUGUUGGCCAUCCCACAUUGCUUCAGCAUGCCCUGGGGCAGGUAUCCAAAACUGAUCCCUCACCAAAGAGAGAGAUGCCUACAAUGAUUCUCUUCAACGUGGUGUUUGCACUAAGGGCCAAUGCAGAUCCAUCUGUGAUAAACUGCUUACACAAUCUUUCCCGAAGAAUCGCCAUAGUCUUGCAGCAUGAGGAGCGCCGCUGCCAAUACCUGACCAGGGAGGCCAAGCUGAUCUUAGCUAUUCAGGAUGAAGUGUCUGCCAUGUCAGAAACCACAGAAGGGCCACAGUCACCUUUUCAUCACAUUCUACCCAAGUGCAAACUGGCCAGAGAUCUCAAAGAGACAUAUGACAGUCUCUGCACAACAGGGGUGGUCCGUUUACAUAUCAACAACUGGCUGGAAGUGAGUUUCUGCCUGCCUCAUAAAAUCCAUUAUGUUGCUACAAACUUUAUACCCCCUGAAGCAAUUGAGAGAAGCCUGAAAUCCAUCAGGCCCUACCAUGCCUUAUUACUUUUAAAUGAUGAGAAGUCAUUGCUUAAUGAGCUCCCGUUGGACUGCUCUCCUGCCCUGGUGAGAGUAAUUAAAACUACCUCUGCUGUGAAGAAUUUGCAGCAACUGGCUCAAGAUGCUGACUUGGCAUUGCUGCAGGUUUUCCAGCUUGCUGCACAUCUCGUUUACUGGGGAAAAGCAAUUAUUAUUUAUCCGCUGUGUGAAAACAAUGUCUACAUGCUUUCUCCAAACGCCAGUGUCUGUCUUUACUCUCCUUUAGCAGAUGCAUUUUCUUGUCAGUUCCGGGGACACAACCUGCCGUCAAUGCUUUCCAAGUUCUCCCUUCCAGUGUCACUCUCAGAGUUCAAGAACCCACUCGCGCCACCUGUUCAGGAGACUCAGCUCAUUCAAAUGGUGAUAUGGAUGCUCCAACACCGGCUUCUUAUUCAGCUUCACACUUAUGUCUGUCUGAUGGUGCCACCAAAUGAGGAGGAUUUCCGAGCCCAAGAUGAAGACAUGCCUUUUACAGCCAGAGUUGGAGGCCGAAGUUUAAGCACCCCCAACGCUCUCAGCUUUGGCUCUCCAACUAGUAGUGAUGACAUGACUCUGACAAGCCCUAGCAUGGAUAAUUCCAGUGCUGAGUUGAUACCUGGUGGGGACUCACCCCUAAAUAAAAGGAUGACGGAGAAUCUACUAGCAAGCUUGUUGGAACAUGAGCGGGAAGCCAUACUUAAUGUCCCUGCUGCCCAAAAUCCAGAAGAUCUUCGCAUGUUUGCGAGGCUGCUGCACUAUUUCCGGGGCCGGCACCACUUGGAGGAGAUCAUGUACAACGAGAACAUGCGUCGCUCCCAGCUGCUGAUGCUGUUUGACAAGUUCCGCAGUGUGCUGGUAGUGACCAGCCACGAGGACCCCGUGAUUUCAGUUUUCCAGUCCCUCUUAAAGUGACUGAUGGCAAAGGAUGAGAACCUGCUACACUCUCCAUACCAACAAGUCUAAAAGAUGCCUAAAAGCUGCAGGAGGUGACUUCAGUUCCUUGCCAGGUGGCACAGAGCAGGUUCUCCCCCUCUGUGCCUCAGUUUCCCAUCUGCUGCCUGUGGUGGCAGCUGAGGCUGGUCUGUGUGAGGGUUUUGGGGCCUGCUGCAGGACAAAUUGGUCAGCCUGGGUUCAUGCUGUGCCAUAUCCACAGCAUGGCAGCUGCUGGUGCAGAGCCCAUCCCUGACCUUGGCUUCCCAGGGCUUGUGAGGGUAGCCAAGAAGAUUCCCACUGCAGUGUUACUGGUGGUACAUCACCCUUGGCUGGACGUUGCUGCAUCGGAAGUGCUUUCUCUGCUCUUCUUUAACAGGACUUCUGGGUCAUUCAGUGUGAGCCCUGUGAGCAGCCUGUCCCCAUGGCAGAGCAUGCAUAGCCUCUGCCCCAGGGCAGAAUGGAGUUGGCCUGGCUUUAGGGGAAUGGCCCCAGGCACCAAGGAGUUCUGUUUAUCUGGCAGCAGUGAGGACAGAAGUAGGAAGGCAAAGCAUCACAAGUAAAUGGUUUCAUGAAUGGGAAUGA